UUCUGCUCUGAUAUUUGAGGCCAAUUUCGACCUGUCGUGGAUCCAGCUGUCUAACCAAACCGCAAUAUCCCGUCAUUAGCUUUGCACAGCAUCGUACCACCGACUCUCCAGCAAGGUUUCGAGUUUACCAUUUACGGUUGCCCAAAACAGCGUCGACAAAAGCAUCAAGUGGAGCACUUGUCGAUCUUUGCAAACACGUCUUCCAUAAUAUAAUUCCAACACAUUCUCGCCCGAGGACAUCACAAUGGCGACGAGAUUUGAGAAGCUAGACAAACAGCUCGACCGACUGGAGAAGCUGUUUUCGAGAAAGAAGCGGCCUGAGGACCUUCAUGUCUCGGACCAGCUCCAGGGCAGGGCGGCGACGCCCAUCCCAGUCUUCCCAGAGUCGGGCACAGCGUCCCAGAGAUUCCCGCAGCCAUCAUUCAUCAGGCCCACAUCAUCCCGCAUGGUUGCCAGGGAAGAGGUGCUCAUGACACCCAGAACAUCCCGGCGAGCUAGGAGCCUGCCGGAACCUUCGCCAAGCGCACCUCGUCUUGCACCUUCGACCCCGCGGGCCGACGGCAGGGAUUCCACCAGCUCCGGAGCUCCUGAGCAGUGUUCUCCCGUUGCUUCACGGCAUUCCAGCCCUGACAUACCUAAACGGUCUUCUUCGCUCCACCCUAAAGGCCGCAGGGACGAGCCUCUAUCGGAGCUCAUGGGCUUCAGCUUUCCAUCUCCCCCGAAAGGUGCCAACGACAGUCUUUCUCCAAGCCGGCGUCCAAGGUCUCUUUCCAAGUCCAUUACACGGCAUGUUUCGAUGUCUCUCUCCCCAAAGGCUCAGGUCGAUCGGAAGCGACACUCCGCUGGUGCCGCGCCCAAGUCAUUCCUUUCCCACCAGCAGGAAACGGAUGUUCAACAAGACGGAGCUCAUCAAUGCACAGGUUCGAGUUCGGCAGUGUCACAUCGACAAGACCACUGUUUAGGGUCUGUACCAGAAAAUGCGGCGUCAUCCUUGUCGCCCAAGCUCGUUCUUAAGUUGGGAUCUAGACCCGACGACUGCGGCAACAACAAUGGGAGAGCUUCACAGAGGCCUAAAAGUGUGUCUAUCUUCAGGACAUAUGUGAAGUAUGACCAGCCGGGGCCGCGCAGAGCCAACAGCUUAUCGGGACUCCCAACGGUGAAGCGUCAUUACGAGCUUUCGAUACUCGAAGAGCCGAGCUACAAAGACUUCCUUGCUCUGAGCGACAACGACAUCGCUGACGGCCAUGUCGCCCAUCCUCUCACCGGCCCUCCGUCGUCAAAACCACCAAAGGUUGCGCUACCCCCGGAUCCCCUGCCGGUUGCCACGCCUCGCCGCACCGAGAGCACCUACCACAUGCUCACGCUUUCACCUCCUCUAGCCACUCGGCCCGCCGCUGCCGCAGCGUUUGAAGCUGCCAGGAUCGCGACCAAGCAUCACUUCGACCUGAUCUACGUCGUCAAUCUGUGGCCGAGCCACAUGAGCCAUCCCGGCCGCUCCAGUCCCCUCAGCAAAUCGUGCGGCACCCCCGUCGCCACCUAUCCCGCUGGGGCCAUGGCGACUCCUACACCUUCAUCUCCUGACCCCCGCACUUCAAGAGACGGCAAUGGCUUCAGAGAACGGAAUCCCGCUCCUCGCGGUAGCCACCGAAUCGGCUUGACCGGGCGCUUACUCGCAGCAUACGGCCUGCCCUCGAUCAUGUAUCCUUUCCAGAUCUCCGGGCCAGUCCACGAAAAGAUCCUUCGCACGGACGGGUGGCUCGAAUACCGCAACAAGACCGGUGCCCUGGAUGAGUUCGCCAGCGGCUACAGCUGCUCGUUCUACACCGGCCACAGGCCGGCCAGACGGCGCGAUGCCGACGCUGCCGCCACUCCCGAUGGCAAGCCCCGCCAGCUGCCCAAGAACAGGCCGGCUAACCGCGGCAUCGUCUUCGCUGCCUUCAGGCUGCCUCGUGAGGACGGUGGCCCCGUCGGGAGCGACGAGCAACAGCUCGACGCACUGCACAAAGAUGCCGAGGCGCUGGUGAACAUGCUGAUCGAGAUCCACAAGGCACAGCGGCAGCGAGGAACUCCCGCUACGCCUACCCGGUGUGUUGGUGGUGGUGGUGGGAAUGGGAGACGGCUGGCACAGCCGGGGGCGCCGCUGGUCGCCUUGUGAAAACGUAAUUGUGUCCUUCCUCGGCCAGCAACCCUGAGACUGAACAUAGGAAUACCCGGUCUAUUCGUUGUCGAGCGGAUCCACCAUAUUCGGAGAGAAAAUAGCUAGUUAUCUGCGGGAUCUUGCCCGGCGAAGUCUCUGGAAGCGGUUAUGAGGGGAAAAAAGCGACUUGCUUUGAGGACGAGGGCCGAUGUCGAGAA